AUGAUGAAAUGGUGCAUGAUCCGCAUAAGAUCACUAGUGGGUUUGUGGGCGAAUUAUUUUGAAGAUUUGCCUGAGUUUAAACGAUAUGAAAAUGAAAACAUCUUUGAUAGUGGUUUCCUGAAGGACAUUGAAUCUGAGAUUCAUCGAUUGGAUCUUCUCGAAGAUGAGAGCGACACUGUUCUCGCCCAACCGUUUACACUCUACGAGGUAAAUCAAGUAAUCUAUGACCUACCGAACGGUAUAUCACCCGGCCGCUUCGAUACAAUUUGUUACGAACGUGUGAAAUAUGGUGGCCCUAAUCUUCUACAUCACAUAGUACUUUUGCUCAAUGCCAUUGUCUGCGUGGAGCACAUCCCACUCUCCUUUAAGUUAGCUGUAAAAGUCCCAAUUCCAAAAGAUAUCACAGGAAAGAAGACAUUUGAUAAUCAUCGUGGAAUUAGUCUAAUGCCUGUGUUAGAUAAAAUUCUACAAAAACUGGUCUUAAACCGAAUUCUAGCUGUGCCUGAUUGUAAAAUACACCGACUUCAGGGGGCAUACCAAACGGAGCAGAGUGCAUUAACAACUGCAUUUAUGAUAGACGAAUCUAUCAGAGACUGCUGUGAAAAUAAGGACAGGGUUUACACAUGUUUUAUUGAUAUCAGCAAAGCGUUCGAUCGUAUGUGGAUAGACGCAAUGCUUUAUAAGUUAUACCAUCAUAUGGGAGUUACUGGUAAAACGUGGCGUAUUAUAAAAAACUGGUAUACCAACAUGAAAGAGGUUAUUUGUGGUUUGUAUUCUCGUGAAUACAAUAUAUUGUAUUACAAG